CAACGGCCCCUUCCUCCCAAUCCUCAGCUGACGGGCAGCCGCUCUUCCUCCCACUCUCCCAUUGUAUCGCUCCUCAAACAGCGAGAUAGACACUCACUAGCCAGCAACAGACCAACCAUGUCUGCACAAGCCAAUGCCCCUACCCAGCCUGAGCAGCAGCCGCCUUGUGAGGAUGUCAAGCAGGCUGAGGAAAGUAAACCCGAGGAGCCUCAGCCCCAGGAGCAGCAGCCAGAUACAGCGGCGGAGGCAGCAGCACCAGCACAGGAGGAAGAGGCGGCGGCGGCUCAGCCCGAGAAAACCUACAAGUCCUUGGUCCUCUCUGCCCAUGGGGGCUAUGAUAAAGUUAAGCUGCACACCAAGAAGGGCUCGCCUACCCCUAAAGCCGGCGAGGUGCUGGUCCGGGUCAAAGCCUGUGGGCUGAACUUUGCCGACUUGAUGGCCAGACAGGGAGUGUACGAUCGGCUGCCGUCCCUGCCCGUCUCUCUGGGCAUGGAGUGCGCGGGCAUCGUGGAGGAGCUGGGAGAGGGGGUGACUGACAGGCAGGUUGGUGACAAAGUUAUGGUUCUGAAUCGUUUCGGCCUCUGGCAGGAGCUCAUUUCUAUCCAAACCAACCACACUUUCCUCAUGCCUGAUGGGAUGAGUUUUGAAGAGGGGGCUGCCUUCCUGGUCAACUACAUAACCGCCUACAUGAUUCUCUUCCACUUUGGAAACCUGAGACCAAACCAAAGUGUUCUUAUCCACAUGGCUGCAGGUGGCGUGGGGACGGCAGCUGUUCAGCUCUGUAAAACAGUGGAGAACAUUACAAUAUUUGGAACUGCAUCUGCGUCAAAGCAUGAAAGCCUGAAGGAGAGUGGGGUUUCCCAUCCCAUUGACUACAGGAGCAACGAUUAUGUGGAGGAGGUGCGAAAAGUUUCCCCAAAAGGAGUUGAUAUUGUCAUGGACCCACUUGGAGGAACAGACACCUGUAAAGCCUUCAACCUAUUGAAACCUAUGGGCAAGCUGGUGAUCUAUGGGGCGGCAAAUUUGUUAACUGGACAAAAGAAAAACCUGAUGGCGUUGGCCAAGUCCUGGUGGAACCAGUUCAACGUGACAGCCAUGCAGCUCAUAAAUGCAAACAAGGCAGUGUGUGGCUUUCAUCUGGGGCAUCUCGAUGACGAACUGGAGUUGAUCACGGGCGUAGUGGUCACACUGCUGGAUCUUUACAAGCAGGGCAAGAUCAAGCCGAAAAUUGAUACCAUGUUUUCUUUUGAACAGGUGGGGGAUGCAAUGAGACAAAUGCAAGAGAAGAAAAAUGUUGGCAAAGUUAUCCUGAUCCCUGACAUGCCAAAGGAAGAGGGAGAAAAGGAUGCAAAGGGCGAGGCGAAGAAGGAUGCAAAGGAGGAAACCAAAAAAGAAGCCAAGGGGGAGUCGAAAAAAGAAACAAAAGAGGAGGCUAAAAAGGAUGCUAAGGAGGAUGCAAAAAAGGAUGCCAAGAAAGAAGAAAACUAGAGCGGUGUAGUGCAGCUUAGAGGGAGUGGAAGGUUGGCUGGUGGUAAUAAUGGUCCUAUAGUGUGUGUGUGUUGUGUUUGUGUUUGGGGAUGGAACUAAGCAAAGUAGAGAUGUCAUGCUUUGGUUGCCAGAUGAUGUUUCAUCCCCAUGUUGCAGUGGAUAGGUAUAUACUCUCUUGCCCACAACAAACACCAGGGUUGCUAUACAGAACGUUCACUGCUCCCCUAUGUGAAAUUGGCAACGUGCAUCAGAUUUACCAAAGGGCACGGUUUUGCCGUGAUUUUCUUUGAUUUUAUCCGAUGCCGCUUUCAUCUGCGAAAUGUUGUUUCUAUAUGUGAUUCUCUCCUUUUCAUAUGCCUAUUUCUCUUGUGUAUUUACAUCAUUAAACAUUCAUUUUUUUUUGAUAAUACGUUUCUAAUAAGGCAGGUGUUCAUUUUACUACAAGCAUGAACUUCAAUGCUCCCUGCACUCCUUCAGAACCCACAGCCGUUGUAACUGCUCUUUCGUACUGACAAUAUCUCAUACAUAAUUGCAUUUUGCUGUUAUAUCAGCUGGGGGUCUUUCUAGUUCACUGAAAACUAAAGGUUGGUUUGACUGGAAUAAAUUACCUUCAGGGUCUAUGUCUUGAAUGUUGGAGACCAAAUGAAGUUGACAACUCAGCUGCUGUCUUUUGGUUAAAUGAAUCUUCUACUUGCGAGUCUAGGCCAUUUUAAUAAACCUGGUAAAUUGAGGUAUCUGCCCAGGGUCAGUCUUUCAACUGUCCUCUCGUUUUAAUCCGUGGUAAGCGCGCUCUCUGGCCUUUUUUUUUUUUUUUUUGUAGUAGUAGCCUAAUUUACUGCUUUAUUAGCAUUUCUGCCCAGUCCAUUCUUACAGUCACACAAGCACCUUGGCAUAUCCAUUUUGGACAAGAACCCUUGGUGGAAUGCUCAACACAUGCAACCCAGAAAAACAUAAUACACUCAGGACAGCCUAUGAGUUAACAGCACACCCAACUACUCCACCAGAUACACUUGGGUGAUUGGCUUGGAGAUUUGGCCACAUUCUAAUACCUCGUGAUAUAAGAAAAAUCUUCAUUGUUCUGACCUUUUUUUCCUAUAUCAAGUUACCGACAAACCACAUUUAAUUCUUGGUGUCUUGACUGAUGUCUUUUUGCCAUCCCAUAUUUGUAAUGUAUUAAUUGGUGGUGGUUACCAACCCUUCUGCAAGGAUGGAUUAAGUGAAAGAGAUGCUACCUCAUUCCUCCAAAACUGGAUAUAUUUACUCCUAAUGCUUACAAGCUAUUUGCUUAUUUUGAUGCAUUCUAUGGUUGCAUGGAAACUGGCUCAGAAUGCGAUUUGGUGUGCAAUGCCAAAAGAAUUGUUGAUUUAUUGUAGUAGGAUUUUAAAACUGAUUAAAAUGAUGGGUGUAUUAUUUCUAAAAGAUCCCUUAUCUGCAGUGCAGUGAGCCUGUGGCUGUUCUGUCAAAGCCUUGUGGGAAGAACUGGCUUGUAAUUUUUCUUCCUCAUUGCAUUUCCUCCUGAUCAGUCCUAAUAUAUAAUAUAAAAAUAUAAUCACAUUCUCCAGCAUUAGCAUCAUUAAAAUCUCCUAGAAUUAAGUAGUAGGACCAGUAUUUGUUGGGGGUGGAGCAGAUGUGUGGGAGCUCCCUGUUGGGAUCUUUGCACUGGCUGCAGUCUACAGAAAAAAAAUUGUAAAGUGUGCCAUGUUGCUGGAUUGAGCUAUCUUAAACACUUUUGGAGGCUAAUAUUGUGUAUGCUACAUUUUUGCCAAAGCACAAACUUAAACACAAUACAGUUCUUAGCUACAAUAGAAUAUACAGGUACCUGAUGAAAGACACUUGAUGUUGUGAUUUUGCUUUUGUGUGUGUUGGUUCAAUAAACUGCCUGUGAGAGUUUAA